AUGCAUUCCUCUGCUUUUCUUGUCCUGAGCUCGGCUUUGGUUUUUUGUCUUUCAUCACCUAUGCCCCCAACAGAUGUAGUUGGUAUAGAGACAUGGAAGGACAUUCCAGAUAUAAACAAAGGUUUAAAUCUCAGAGAAGGAGACAUCAAGAUGGUGAGUUCUCCUACUCGAAGGAGCGCCAUUCUUGGGAAUCAGUACCGAUGGAAUAUUCCUGUCCCCUUUGAACUGAGUGUGAAUCUCAGUAUGAACUAUAAGGGAGUCAUUUUGAGAGCCCUUGAGCAAUUCAGACUGAAAUCAUGUAUUGACUUUAAGUACAGAACAGCAGAAGACAUUUCUUACAUCUCUGUGCAGAGUCUUGAAGGGUGUUGGUCAUAUGUUGGUCACAAUUUCGCAGGAGCUCAAACUCUUUCCAUUGGAAAUGGUUGUGGAAUUAAAGGCAUUAUUGAGCAUGAGUUUCUCCAUGCACUGGGAUUUUGGCAUGAGCAGUCAAGAUAUGACAGAGAUGAUUAUGUGACCAUCAACUUCACAAACAUCAUUACAGGGUAUGCAAAUAAUUUCAACAAAUACAGUGAGAACCUGACCACCACACAGGAUACACCAUAUGACUACUUCUCUGUGAUGCAUUAUGAUAAAAAUGCCUUCAGCAACGGUAAAGGAUACACAAUCAUUACCAAGCGUCCUGAGUUCCAAGAUGUGAUUGGUCAACGCCUGGACAUGAGUGAAUAUGACGUGAUUGAACUCAACAAACUCUAUAAAUGCAAUUCAUCCAUCUCUUUCCUUGAUCACUGUAGUUUUGAAGAUGAAUCUCUGUGUCAGAUGAGCGUCUGUUCUGCUGCUGAUUAUGGCUGGCAGACAGUAAAGUCAGUGAGUGGGAUCAAUGUGACUGACCACACAAACUUGGGCAAAGAACAAAAUGGUGUGUCAUUCUUCAUGCACUUCAGCACUAAAGAUAGAAAUGAGGAGGAUUCAGCCAGAAUGGAGAGCAAGAAAAUGACCCCUAAAAGAGACUGCAAAGUCCAGUGCCUGCAGUUCUACUACUAUCACAGUGGUAAUGUGUCUGACCAGCUCAACAUCUGGAUCCGAGAAUACCAGAAUGAAGCAGACAGCAUAGGAACUCUCAGACUUAUGGAUCAGAUCAUAGAACCCCCUGGGAAUUACUGGAAGCUUCAUCAUGUGCCACUGAAUGCAAAUAAAACUUUCCAGGUUGUAUUUGAAGCCCGUAAAGGAGCUGGAAACUCCAGUGGAGGAUUUUCACUGGAUGAUAUCAAUAUUUCAGAGACCGAGUGUCCCCACACAUGGCAGAUAAGAGACUUUGAGAAGGUUAUGUACAACAGUGUGUCUGGUACUUGGAUGUACAGUCCAUUGUAUUACUCCAGUGAGGGAUAUCGCUUUCAGGCUCUCUUAAUAGUGUAUCAGAAUUACCUUUCAAUAUAUGUUGGUCUGGUAUCUGGUGCAUAUGAUGAACAGUUGCAGUGGCCUUGUUAUUGGAGACAAAUAACCUUCCAGGUGCUUGACCAGAAUCCACACAUACAGAAGCGCAUGUCCUCUGAGAAAAGCUUCACAACUGACCCUGCUUUAGUUUCUUCCUAUGGCAGAAAUGACUGGGACAAUCCCCGAAAUAAUGGAACUCGAGUUGUCAUUGGCAAUGAGACUGUAUAUGUUGGUAUGUUUUGGGGAUAUCAAUAUGCCAUAAUGAAAGAAGAUCUCCCUAAAAGAGAGUUUAUCAAGGGUGGUGACAUCAUCCUUCUCUUUACCAUGCAAGAUAUCUCAGUGCUCCGUAAGAAUAACACUCUACCCUGCCCUAAAGUGAAAGUGAAGAACAUCAAGAUUUCAUUUGAUGCAUCUGUCAAGCGGCGACCAUGUGCUACAAGUGAUUGUCUGGGCAUAUUUUUCACUUCCAGUACUUCCUCUCUGAUUCUAUUGGUGGUUUGCUUCCGUUUGCUGGUAAAUUAAUCCUGAGAUUUUGUAUGACUACAUGAAUUCAAUUUAAAAGCAACUGCAUCUGUCUUCAGCCUUCUGGUAUGUUAUACUGUUAAACCUUUAUUUGAAUUUAAUGAGAUGCUACAGAAUACAUCUAUGGUUAUCUUUAAUUAAGCAAAAAAAAAAAAAAAAUACACAUUUGUCUAUUGAUUUCCAUGAUAAACUUUAUUGUUAGGUAUGGUUGAAAUAUUGCAGACAAUGAAUAAACAUUAUUGGUUGUAAAUUGCUAUACAAAAUGUUAAAUGUGCCCAAAAUAAUUAUGUGAAUGUCUUGUAUGAAUCACAAACCAAUUUUGCAAGUAAUAACCUAAUAUGACUAUAUUAUUCAAAUGUUUAAAUGAGUUUGAAUGUGGAGAAAAUGCUGAAAGGAAUUAAAUUCUAGCAAUCUGUGUGAACCUUAAUGAGAGAAUCCAUACUGUAUAUUUACAUACAGAUACUAAACCGUUUUUUUUUCCAAUUGAUAAUCAUUUAUCAUAUCAUUUAACCAUCUGUUGAUAUUUAUUUUUAUUAUCUGUGCUCUUGUAAUGCUUGCAAUUGCAGAUUAAUCUUACGAUUAUGUGGUAUCAAGUGAUAGUUGUCUUUGUGAAACCAUUUCCAUUCUAUUUAACAUCACAUGAUGAUGCUGUGAAGCGGUAAUUUUCUAUAGCAUUAAUUCAACACAUGUUGAAUUUGUUGUGGUCAGAUGAAGUCCAGCUGAGCACUGAAAAAGACGGAACUAAGAUUAUUCAAUAAAACCUGCUCAUUCAGAUCACUUCAUCUCCCUGCUUUCUCUCAACCCUUCCUCCUCCAACUUCUUGGAUGAUACAAGACAACAAAUAAUACUUAAAUUAUUAACUGGAUAAAAUGCAGUUCUAACUGGUUUGGGGUGUUAACUGGUUUUGGAUACCAAACAAAAAAUGUCUUCUAACUAAAUCCAUGUUCUUGUCGUUUCCAGAGUGUUGAAAUGAUCUAACAAUGCAUACAAA